GGGCCGGGUUAUAAGCUAGUGUAGAAAAAAGAGUGAUAAAUUGGUCAAACUUGGCAGACGCAUUAGAGAUAUAAUUGAAAUUCAAGGUUGUCAACUCGGUUUAAGUCGUUGAACGAGUCAAGCAAGUGGUUUGAUGUUCAAUGGUAUGAUCAGGGGUUUAACUUGUUUGAGCCGUUUUACAAAUAAGAUAGUAAUUUAAAAAUUUAAUGAUUGAAAUAAAAUUUGUCUUACACGUAACUAUUAGAAACUCACCCCACAAAAAAAAAAAAAACAUAAUUCACAUGACCCACCCCCCAUCCUCCAUCCUCCUUCCUCCACCCCCCAUCUCUUCCUCUUAGGGAUGGCAAUGGGUCGGGUUGGGGCGGGUUUUGUCAAACCCAAACCCAAACCCAAACUCAUGGGUUUAUCCGCCAAAAAAAACCCGGGGUAAAACCCGCUGGGUUUGAAAAACUCAAACCCAACCCAACCCGCUGGGUAUCCGCGGGUUCAUGGGUACCCGUGGGUUUUUGUGGUAAAAAAUUUACAAUAACAAGUUUCUUUCAAAAUAAAAGUUUAACAUUAAUUUUCUCAUACAAAUUAUUCAUACAAAAAAAACCAAUCUAGAGCAUACAAGCAAACCGAAAAUGAUCAAUACAAAUUGUUCAAAAUUAAAGAUAAACAUCUAUGAACAAUAAGAUUGAUUGAAAAUUUCUUACUCGUCAACUAAGUUUCUUCACUCUCCACUCCAUAAUAUCAACUUCAUUCUAAACAAUUAGAAACAACAAAUUAUAUAUGUCUCCACAAACAUAAAGAAUAUUAAUUGUUUAAGGAAGAUAUAUUAUUUAGAGUGUUAAAUAUACCGGGAAAGUAAUUAUAUGUGUGUGGGCGGGUACCCAUGGGGCGGGUUUACCUAAACCCAAACCCAACCCGACCCGGUGAAUAGUGUAGCGGGUUUAAACCCGAACUCAGCCCGAAACCCGUCAACACGGGUUUUACCCGCGUUGACCGGGUUGGGUCGGGUGGGUACCCGUGGAUUCGGGUUUUGUUGCCAUCCCUACUUCGUCUACCUCUCUAGUGGUCAGACCGUGGGGUUCUGGAGAUCAUUUUGGAGCCCAAAAGUGACCGAAUCUUGUCCAACCGACCAGGGUUUAACAACCUGGUUGAAAUUGCUAACGAAGCAAGAAAUUUUUGGACCUAUUGUCCAUACACCUAAAGAAGUGAAGCCAGUGGGAUGUAAAUGGCCUUUGUGCAAAAACAUAGUGAAAAGAGUGAGGCUGUGAGAUAUAAAGCAUGCAUGUUUGCACACGAUUUUUCUACCAAGACCUUGACAUUGAUUAUGAUGAAACAUAUUCUUAUUUGGUGGAUGCAACUAUCUUUUGGUAUUUGAUUAGUCUGACAAUAUGAGAAUAAUUAAAUUUGCGUUUUAAGGACAUUGUUAUAUCAUUUUUAUAUGGUGAACUUGAUAAUGAUAUUCAUUUAUUUAUAUGAGACUCCCAGUGAUUCAAUGUGCCAAGAGAAAAUAUGUUAAAUUCCCGAGAAAAAUUUCUCAAUCGAAUCAAAUCAAAUCAAUUAUUGUAUGAAUUGAAGUAAUCAGGAUGAAUACGGUACAAUCAUAGUGUAUAAAUGUUGUUGCAGAAGAAGUUGGUGGAGGGAUGAGGUAGGAUUGAGGUCAGACGGAACAGGGUCUUGCACAAGAGGAGUGAGUGGGACACUACUUGUUGGCUCCAAGGGGAAAAAAAUAUAGGGCCAUAAUUUGUUUGUUUGGUUGUUUGAUUGGUUUAGGAGCCAACUUAUACUUUCCUCCCACCAACUCUCAUAUCAAAAUCUCGAUACAUUUUUGCGAAAUGGUUUCUUUUGUGUGGUGGAUCGCGUGUGCUUAUAUAAUUUAUAAAAAUCAAGAAGGGAACAUAUAUAAUUUUUUUAGUCAAUUAUGGCAUGGUUGUAGAAAUAAAGAACUUGUGGAUAGAAGAUGAACAAAACUUCAUAUUAGUGGUCAUCCUCGAAGCAAAUUUCUUGUGCCAAAUCUUGGAGCUUUUCACUCAUAUUGUCCUUUUAGACGGGAAAAGCUUCAAUAACAAUCAUAAUAUUUGAUUUAUAAAUCUUCAUAUCUAAAUUUAGGAUCCGUAAAAAUGCUUUAGAUCACACCCGUGAUAGCAUAUAGUCUUGUUUCAGAGCGAUCAAACACUUUUAGAUGAAGAGUUACUGCUUCGGAGAAAGGAAUAAUAAUUAUACUAAAUUAGAGUUUAAUUCUUUUAUAUCUUAAUUAUAAUCACAAGCUCAAAAUAUAUGCAGUUACAUGGGAAUGUGAUUGUCAUUUAAUUUUAUACAAGCAACAAGCAACUAAAAAUAAUUAAUCGAACAAGUAAAAUAAGUUGACCCCUCAAUCUAAUCACAAUCAGGUUAGAUUACAGUUGUGUGGUCAUCCAUUUAGUUCUCCGAUAGUAUAUAUACCUGAUACUUUUGAUAUGCUAUCGAAGGAAAUCUGUAUGAGAAAAGACCCUCAAAUUCUUAAAGCGAAAUCAACCACAAAAGUACUAUACCGGUAUUAUUUACAAGAUUUCUGAAAAAAGAGGGAGAAAGUGCGUGGAAAUAAGAAGAGAAAGUGUAGGGUGACAAAGUGGAACGACUCCAUCAUCAUAUUAGUGAGUGCUUGAACCAACCAAAGAUUCCGUUGGUAUAUUUGCGUUCACACCACCUUUGCUUUGGUCAGCUCUUCUUUAUAGAUAUCAAGGAGCCAAGAUUCCCCAUAUCUGCGUUCACACCACCACUCAACUAAUUCUCUCCAUCAUAUCUCCCUCCGCCGGUACUCCUUUUUUAACCGACUCCAUCAUCACCCACCACGUCGGCUCGCAAUUGCAAAAGAAACAAUGUUUUACAAAUCGUAUCGUAUCGUUCCCUCGAAUUCGGAUAGGAAAUAUCACAAAUGAUACAGUAGAUGAUUCUAAUGAGAUUAAACAACGAUUUUAAUACAAAGUACAUUAUUAUUAACGUUUUUCGGUAUAUCCUCCAAGUUUUCGAUACAAUUUAUUGUAAAAAACUGAUAAGGAGAGUGAAUGGUGAUGUGGAAAUCAUCAUCGACCAAUAAUUAAUUAGUCCUCUUCAAAAAAAAAAAAAAAAUGGUGGGUGAAAUGAAAUGAUGACAAGGUCAACACCAAAUCACUCGCCACGUCACACGCACCCAUCUUCCUACGUGGCUCCCCUGCAAAAUUAGGUUUGACCUCUCCCUUCCUAUCCAUCCACCCUUUAUAUAUUCCCUCACCUUCUCCCAUAUUCUAGCCUUCCCUUCCCUUUCCUUUCAUUCCAAACAGAGCAAGAAAAGAAAAAUGGGAAACUGCUGCUUGCAGAGGGAGUCAGCUAUGCUGUGGGGCGGCGACGACUGGAGCUCCUCCCCUGUCUCCGACGAGUUCUUCGCCAACGCCAGGCAGCACGUGGGGAAAAUGCGAGAAAACAGAGGAGGGGGAUUGUUCCCAAGUGACGAAGUAGAAGAAGGAGAAGAGAAUCUGCUGCUCGGUCAGGAGAAGCAGAAGGUGCAGGGAGAGGCGACGGAGGUGAAGAUCAAGAUUAGCAAGAAGCAGCUGACGGAGCUGCUGGGGAAUGUGGAUUUGAAGGGGCAUUCGGUCCAGCAAGUUCUGGCCCGCCUCGUCGCCGUCAGCGAUGAGUUCGAGGCCCACGACCAACGUUCUUGGCGGCCCAAUUUGCAGAGCAUCCCCGAAUGAAUAAGUUUCUGUUUACAUGAUGUAUAUAGUGAAAGAGGGAACGUACCACUGUCGCCGGCCGGCGAGUCCGAGAGGCUGAGCCGAGGCCGCCGUGCUCAUGUUUGGGGUGGUCUUCUGUAAAUGUUUGUGUAUUAAAUUGUAGGAUUAGAAACUCCGUCAGCAGGUUUUGUCCAUUGCAGUAAAGGUAAAUUAGGAGGCAAUUAAAGUUUUUUGGGGGAUAAUUAUAUAUAAUUAAUUUUCGAUCUGGAGUGGGUGUGAUCUGAUCGGCAGCCAGCUUCAUCGUUGAUCUUAAUUAGGAAUGGAUUGAUUGACAAAGCAAAGCAAAGCAAAGCGACAAUAUAUGCAUCAAACUUGACCACCUACCUACUUUCUGUAUUUGAUGACCACCCUUAAGCAUUUAAACAAAACAAAACAAAAAACUGUCAUGUUCAGCAAGCUUUCUAAUUAAACCUUACCGGACGGAAGACAACAUCGAUCAGCAGAAGAUGCCAACUUUUUUCACGGUAUUCUCCGGUGUUUCCAAAAUCAUACCGUACCAGUAGGCCGAUCAAAAAAUUCUGUCUACUAAAAUUUAAAUCAAUUGAUAUAUUAACGAUAUGAAACGAUUAAAUCACAACAUCUUACCGGUGCUCCAGCUGCAGCUACAGCACGAUGGUGACGGUGAUGGAGACACGUACGUAGAGGAUCUCAGGCGUGUUCCCACUUAUUAUUGCAUACAUUUAUUUUCCAACCAAUUUCAAGCUUCUCUUAACAAACAAAUUCCUCCUCAUCUUCUAUUUUAAAACUACUUUCAAAUAUAAUGCCGGUUUUUCUAUAUAGCUAAUUUCUUGUCUUCCUAUCCUAUCAAACUCGUGUUUGGUUGCCUUGCCGUCUACACACAAAUAUAUAAAAGUGUCACUAAUUUUCCAAAAAAUUUCCAAUGUUAUACGAUGUUUGUAUAUUGCACUGUACAGGGCUAUCGACUCCUGCCUUAAUUGCAUGACAUAUUUAUCAUAUAUUACUAGCACAUGGCUUGUCUGUUGGCCGGGAGAGUUCGAUACUUUUGUUAGGGUGUACUCAACUUUGAAGUAUAAAGGUGACAUGUGAGUAGCUCACUUUCAUUUGUAUUUUUGACCCUUUAAGUUUAUAUUUUCCUUUGGGAAGUUGUCCAUGAAUAAUUCAGGAAAAGUACUCGAAUUACUUUAUUGAUGGAGCUAGAAAAUAACAAAUAAUGUAUAAAAUUUAUGUUGAAUAGAAUACAUGUACCUGAUAUAUGUACACAAUACGCGAAAGGUAACAUAGCCUAGUGGUGAAACCACUGGUCCAAUUGAGCUCUGGAUGUGAGAGGUCCUGAGUUCGAUUCCCAGUGGCGCCACUUGAGCGUUCCCGGCGGCACCCUUGGUAUCGGAGGCGCAGCCUCCCCGAUGUUGGUAGCAGAAAGCCACGGUUAGUAUGCAGGUACCCCCAGUGGUUUAGUAGGCCCCGCUGUUGCUCAAGCGACACGUGGGGCUGAGGUUCCCUGGGUUAUCAAAAUAUAUGUACACAAUACACUUAAUGAUAGUAAAGAUUAAUCUUAAAACAAACUUAAAAAUGAAUGUCAAUGAAAAGAUGUGCAUUGUAUUCAGAACAAACCAAGAAUAACAUGAAAACAAACUUUGCUAUUUGGUUUUCCUUACUCUCUCCCUCUUUCAGAGGAGGUGAAUACAUACAAACACAAUCCACGUACAAAGCAAAGGGCGGCCUGCUGAUAACAUUGUAUUUGUACAUAUUUUUACCCCUAAUUCUUUGAUUGUUUAGCUUGGUUUUUUUCAUACUUUGGCCUAUUUUACGCUAGUUUGUGUUCCUUUUUCACAUUUCAUGUCCUAGCACGUAAAGUGAAGCAUAGGCGCAAGUUUCAAGUCAAUCAGAGAUCAUUUGGCAAUUCGGGAGCAGAAACUCGAGCAUGACCUGAGGAAGUAUGGAUUUCUACCUCAUUUUAUGGACAAAUAAUCAUGGAAGCUUGUCAAGCAAAGAAAGACGACUAGACUACAAGUGCUUGGGAUCAACCGGCGAUUGAUUCGGAAUCCGGACGAGGGAGAAAUGAAGCAUCAAACAAGAGCGGUGGAAGAAACACGGUCGUGUUUUUCCCUCUUGUGCCCGUGUUUUUAGUGCCGAGAGGAAACACGAGCAGGGCUGAAACACGGGCUCUGAAACACGACCAUGUUUCUGCCCCCUGCUCGGGUAUAAGUCUGUUUUCUGCGAUUUUUGAGAGGGAGAGCUGGGUUUGGCUCCCAAACACCCAAGGGACGAACCAAAGAGAGAGAGGGCGAUCUAGAGCCAUUAUUGGAGCUAUUUUGGAGGAUUCUUCACCAUUGAAGCUCACGGAACAAGUCUAGACAUGAAGAUCGAAGAUGUGGAAAGUUAUAUUGUAAUCUCUCUCUUCUCUAUGGAGUAACUUCCCUUCACUUAGGUCUUGAGGAACUCUAGUUUCAUGCGUUACGAUCUUUCUUGUAUGAACCUUUGGAUGCUAAAUUGUUUGAUUAUAAUCAAUUAAGGCAUGUUUUAUUGAGUCAAGUGGAUCUUGAUCACAUUCUAUUGAUUUCUGCUUUAACCUAAGACAGAUAGAAUCUGAUUGGGUUAAGAGAGCUUCCUUGAUUGAUAGUAGUGAAUUAAUUGUACGAGAGUCAAUCGAUUCACUAUUUUGUACUGGAAUUCGUUCCAAGUAGAGUAGGUCUGUGUGAAUCGCCUUAGCAUUCUAUCCUGGUGAAGGCUAGUCACCUGCCAGGUAUUCUGUCUAAGAGGCCUUGGCCAGCUUAAGAUAUUCCAAGCUACUGUUGGAUCUUCCGCAGUUUAAUCAACAGAAAAAUAACCAACUUGGACCUAAUUGAGGAGCUAGGGAGAAUCAUACCUGAGUGAGUUCCCAACCUGUAAUUAGUAGUUUUGUUUAGUUAGUAGAGUAGUUUAGUAAAUCAAUCAUUAAUUUGGUUUGCUAGAUAAUGAACUGAAGCUGAGUGA